AUGCGCUUGAGAUCGAGAGAGAUGGGUAGGGAAGGGGGGAGAUGCAUCGCAUCGUCGUUCCAUUCUCAUACAAUCAUGUCAGACGGGUCAAAAAUCUUCUCGCUCGUUGGGCAGGGGCUCAAGCUCGAUACCAAGGCUGAUAUCCAGCCUCACCUCGACAAGCUCGACCAAAUCGCCGACCUCGAAGAAGUUCACCUGGGAGGAAACACCCUCGGCGUCGAGGCAUGUCAAGCUCUCGCCGAUGUAUUGAAGACCAAGAAGACCCUCAAGGUGGCCGACUUUGCCGACAUCUUCACAGGGCGACUGAUCACUGAGAUCCCUGAUGCUCUCAGAGCGCUCUGCGAUGCUCUCACCGACCACACCAGCCUCGUGGAGCUCAACCUCUCCGACAACGCCUUCGGUGGACGAUCUGCCGAGCCUAUGGUCAACUUUCUGAGGAACAACCACAGCUUCUCUGUGCUCAAGCUCAACAACAACGGGCUCGGCAUCACGGGAGGUACCAUCGUCGCAGAAGCUCUUUACGAAGCUGCACAGAAUCUCAAGACCAAGGGCCUCGAGUCAAAACUUCGCACCGUCAUCUGUGGGCGCAAUCGGCUUGAGAAUGGCUCGGCUCCCGUGUGGGCAAAAGCGUACGCAGCUCACGGUGGUCUUACUGAGGUCCGCAUGUUCCAGAACGGUAUCCGCAUGGAAGGCAUCGAGGCCAUCAGCAAAGGCCUCGCCUCGUGUGCCAACCUCGCGGUGCUCGACCUCCAAGACAACACAGCCACGCUUCGAGGCUCGCGCGCCAUCGCAGCGUGUCUGCCAAAGUGGCCCAAGCUCAAGACGCUCAAUCUCUCUGACUGUCUUUUGAAACCCAAGGGAGGUGCGCUCGUGUUUGGUGCACUCGCCAACGGCAGCAACCCGGCGCUCGAGACCAUCCAGGUUCAGUACUGCGACCUCGACCGCAAGGUCCUCGCACAACUUGGCAGCGCCAUUGAGCUCCACUUGAGCAGCUUGACCAAGCUCGACAUCAAUGGCAACUGGGCCGACGAGGAAGACGAAUGCAUCGAAAAGAUCAAGGCCGCAUUAGCCAAGCACGGUCACGAGGAUGCUCUUCUCGAGCUCGACGAGAUGGAUCCCGAGGGCGAAGAGAGCGAAGGCGAAGAGGAAGACGAGGGCGAAGACGAGGAAGAUGAGGAGGAGAGUAACGAGGAACCAGAGCCCGAGACAGCAGCGGCGCAGCCCAAGGUCGACGAGACUGACGAGCUUGCCGAUGCGCUGGCGAAGACUUCGGUAGCGGAUCAAAACUCCGAUGUCGCUGGCGUCGCACCUGCAACCCAGAAUGUUGACUCCAACGCCGAACGAGCCAAAGCUUCGGUCGAUCUUUCUGGCGAGGUCUAUGUCAAAGACUCGGCCCACGAGCAGCCAGCUUCAUCCGCAUCCAACUUGGCUACGGAUCAGAACACCGCGACGGCUGUUGCGCCCAAGAAGAAGCGUGGGUUUCGCGCAGCUUGGGGCGCCAUUCGCGAGCUCUUGAGGGAUGCGCGACUUUUCGGAACACGCGACUCGAGCCGAGCGUUGGUUGUGCAUCUUCGACUUCUAGGUCGAUCACGAAACUCAGCUGGCAUCGCUCUUCUGCUCCACCAUAUCUCCGUCCUAGCUCAUCGACUGUCGCUGUCAGCCAUCGAGCCUUCAGAAUCGGCACUCAGCUCCAGCCAUGGCGGUGUUCUCACUGUCAACACUCCUCCAGAAUGUUCCUCCAGGCACCAGAGUCUUGACAGCUUCUGGUAUCCAUGGACGCUCAUCACCUCCAGUUUCUGCGAGUCGUCCAUCCUCGAAUUCAUCGUCUCGAUCGUCUCACUUCCUCUGGCAGCCAGAUACCUCGAACGACAGUGGGGUGCCAUCGAGCUCGUCAAAUUCUCCGUUGUCGUUCUUGUAGGCAGCAACAUCAUCGCAUGGGGUCUGCAGCUUCUUCUUUUUGGUGUAUUCCGCAAGGAGGUGCUCAUCUGGGGGAUUCAGUUCCACGGACUUCAGGCGUUGCAGACCGCUUUCCUCGUUGCUUUCACUCAGCUCAUUCCCGAGCACCAAGUGCAAGUGCUUAGCGGUGCGCUCAAACUUCGCAUCAAGGAUCUGCCCAUGCUUUAUGUGACUGUCAGUAACGUCAUGUGCCUCAUUGGUUACACCUCGCCAUGGAUUCUCAUUCAGUUCGGCUGGCUUAUCUCGUGGGCCUACCUGCGUUUCUUCCAAGUCAACGAGUCUGGCUACAAGGGUGAUCGCAGCGAGGCUUUUGCGUUUGUCAACUGGUUCCCGCCUAUCGCCCACAAGCCGGUUCAGUUCAUCUCGACAACGCUGUUCAACAUCUUCGUGAAGAUCAAGGUCGUACAGCCUUGGACCGGAGGAGACUACGCCGACCUCGAAUCGGCUUCGUUGAACGGCCAGGCUCCUCCACAGGGCAGUGCGCGGGCCGAAGCAGAGCGUAGACGAGCCAUGGCGCUCAAAGCGCUCGAUCAGCGCUUGUCCUCCAACAAAGGCUCGGGCUCCCGGUCCAGCAACCUGCAACGCAGUGAUUCAGUAAAGUCGGCAGCAUCGUCCUCCGCAGCAAGAGACGCUUCGGCCACGGAAGGCGCGUCGUCCGCGUCCGCAUCCACUUCAGCACCAUCCAUGCCCAUCCCGACCGUAGUCUUUGAAGCUCCUCCAGAGGAUCUGCCGAGCGAAAAGGCGGCCAAGUAG